UACUGUAGUGCACUUGCGCGCGCGCGUGUAUAAAGGGCUCUGUCGGCUCGAGCAGAUGUUCUUCGAGCUUCGUCCAGCUGGACUACAUCAAGAUGUUCGCUGAGAGAUUUGAGAAAAAGGAGACGAUAGACCUGAGGAAGAGAUAUAUUGGGCCAUCUUGUAAGAUUUUCUUCAGCCAUGACCCAAUCAAGAUUGUGCGAGCCAAAGGCCAGUAUAUGUAUGAUGAGAAAGGACAGCGCUACCUGGACUGCAUCAACAAUGUGGCUCAUGUGGGCCACUGUCAUCCUGAUGUGGUGAAGGCAGGAGCUCAGCAGAUGGAACUACUCAACACUAACUCGCGCUUCCUACACGACAACCUUGUCCUGUAUGCCCAGAGGCUGCAGGCCACGCUGCCCGACAAGCUGGGUGUUUGCUACUUUGUCAACUCCGGCUCUGAAGCCAACGACCUGGCCCUCCGACUAGCACGACAAUACACAGGCCACACAGAUAUCAUCACUUUGGAAAAUGCGUACCAUGGCCACGUCUCAUCGCUCAUUGACAUCAGUCCAUAUAAGUUCCACCAGCUGUCAGAUGCUGAGCAGAAUCAAUUUGUCCAUGUGGCUUCCAGUCCAGAUGUGUACAGAGGGAAAUACAGAGCAGACCACCCUGAUCCUGCCACCGCGUAUGCAGAUGAAGUCAAAGAUAUAAUAAGCAAAGCUCACAAGAAAGGAGGCAAGAUUGCUGCUUUUAUAGCUGAGUCACUGCAGAGCUGUGGUGGGCAGGUCAUUCCCCCUGUGGGUUACUUCCAGCAAGUGGCACAGCACGUCCGUAAAGCGGGGGGCAUUUUUAUUGCAGAUGAAGUCCAAGUGGGCUUUGGGAGAGUAGGCUCCCACUUCUGGGCCUUCCAGCUGCAGGGAGAGGACUUUGUACCUGACAUUGUCACGAUGGGAAAACCCAUUGGCAACGGCCACCCCAUGUCAUGUGUGGUCACGACCAAAGAGGUGGCAGAGGCCUUCAUGACAUCUGGGAUGGAGUACUUCAAUACAUUUGGUGGUAAUCCAGUGUCGUGUGCCAUCGGUCUGGCCGUCCUAGACGUGAUUGAGAAAGAGGAUCUGCAGGGCAACGCACUGCGUGUGGGGCAAUACCUCACCAGUCUGCUGGAGAAGCAGAAAGAGAAGCACCUGCUGAUCGGAGAUAUCAGGGGUCGUGGUCUCUUUGUAGGUGUGGAGCUCGUCAGGGACAGGCUGAAAAUCACUCCUGCCACAGCAGAGGCACAGGAAGUCAUAUAUAGGCUAAAGGAACAGCACAUUCUUCUCAGUGCUGACGGACCUCAUCGCAACGUGCUCAAGUUUAAGCCCCCAAUGUGCUUCACUACAGAAGAUGCUGAGCUGGUCGUGGAGAAAAUUGAUGUUAUUCUCACAGAACUGGAGGAAGCAUUGGACCUGAAGCUGAACCACACACUGACUGCAGAAAAUGAAAGCAAUAAAAGGAAACUGCUGACUGAUGAAAACGGGCACAGUGGCGUGCUACACGGCAAAGGAAGCCGUCAAGGGUCUCCUCAACAAACCAAACAAAGCAAACGCCUCAGGACAUAAAGCAGCCUGUGAACAAACACAAGAACCGACACAGGUGGCACAACUCUAGAAUUAAAGGGCCGUAAUUUCAUGAUAAAUGUUUUUAUACCAAUAAUAUACUGCAUAUCAAUUAGAUUGUCUUCUCAGGUAUUUUUUUUAAAUAUUUGCGUAAUAGCAUGUGUAGCAUCUUUUUAGCUAGCUGCAUAAAAAUGUACUUAAUUAUGUGAGUUAGCAGGGUACAAGAGCCUUAUUCACGAUAUCAGGGAAUCAUGAAUGAAUCAAUCUGAACAUGUAGAUCUGAAAAUAUGCAUCAGUGUCUUUGUGUGCCUUUAGCAUUAAAAAUGCAGCCUUACUUGUAAAGGCCAUUACAUGUUUUUACAGAGAAGUAACUGGACUGUUUUAAAUAAAAUACUGUAUGUAGUACUUGGUUGCUAUAAAAAAGGCCAGUGUGUGAGCAGCCCUCACUCAUCGACACAGAAAACAUGAAAGUAAAAAAGCUGAUGUACUGUGUUUACAUCUGCACAGUAUCUUUAUUUUACUGAGCCUCAACCAAACAAUGUCACUGUUAAAAAAGUCUGCAAUUACUUACCAAUGUUCUCAUCUUCCUUAUUAGCAGAAAGUAAAUGUUGUUUACUUUAGAGUUCUCGUAUAGAAAGUUCACUGCUGUGAAGAUGGAAAAUACUUGUUGUCGUUCAUAAAAGGUAAUAAAGAUUUACUCUCAGGCUCAGGACUUGUCUGAAGUCUCAGGACUUCUUCCAUAAUGUGACAAGGAUGAGAGGAUUACGGAGAAAGGUGCCAUCUAAUAUACCAGCUUGUGAAUAAAAGGAAAAUGAUCCACAGUUUAAUAUGGUUGGUAAGCCUACUUUCCUCUCCAUAGUCACUUAUAUUUUAAGGCAAAGCACUGCUAUUGGUAGCUUAAGUCAUCUUGACUAAAGCGUCAUCCUAGUUUUCUCAGUGUGAGGCAGCUGUAGACCAGAAUGAUCAUUAUUUACAAGUAGGGAUGAUCACCCUGUUCCUUCCUCCUGGAGAAACCUCAUUACCAUUGCAGUACAGGACCAAAAUAUCUAAAAAUAUCUCUGCAGAACCGUGCAGCACAUCGGAUUUUAAACUCAAGGCAUAAUUUCAAACCAGACGAAAAAUAUUUGUAUUCAUGUGAAAUAAAUACAUGAAAAUACAUGAAUGUGCAAAUGCUCAGAUGUUUCUUGUAUGACUGCCUUGUUACUGCCUCUGUCCUACUCCAUUGACUGCAGAUGAAAAUGAGCAUGUAUGGCUAAAUCUGGAAGAUUUAUAUGACAAAUUUAAGCACUUGUGUUAAUUAAUAUGCUUUGUCCCUUCUAAAUAUAAGUCCAGGAAACACCAUUACCUGAUGAUCCUGUGAUGCCAUCUUCUGGAGGGAAAAUGAAAUGCGUCAUAUCUCCUGAACACUGCAUAUGCAAAGACGCCACAUUGUUUGGCUGCUGAUGUAAACUUGAGUUUAACAAUCUUCUCAAAAAUUCAGAGCAAUAACUUUCUAUUUAAUCAUUUACAUUAAGUAGAAAUCAAAGUAAUUCAGAAUCUGGAUGAAAGUGAUUUUAAACAAUGUCUUGUCCUAAUAAACCUACUUCAACAGCACAUAACAACCAUGAGAAGGUGUGAAAAGGACAGUUUAUUUCACUAUCUUGUACAAAAAUGCAACUGUGAGAGGUUCAAGGCUUUCAAGGUUCAAAGUUUUCUAUACAAAAACGUACAUCUGAAAUAUCACUCAGACACCCAUGUAAGUGGUUCACACAGUGCAAGUCCUAAUUAGAAAUCGGUGAUUUUGUCCCAUCAAUGUUUGGCAGCUUCCUCUCCCUUUUUCCUACUCCAGAUUCAUUUCUCCUACUCCACAGAACAUGUUGGCUUUAUCAACAUGGCAAAAUCAUUAAUGAUGCUGUGCCUGCACGACAAGUUCAGGUGGCAGAGUGCUGAAUUUAAGCUGCUAAAGACCUUCUGCUCCACCAGCUUCAUAGGAGGUUAAGAGAAA